GGAUAACCUGACUGGCGGGGCCUGUGAAUGACCUGGAAGAGAACUUCAUAAUCUGGUUACUUUAAACUCCGAUGUCUAUUGGAGAACCACGCGCUUAAUAAUUGAAAAAUUUCUCGUCUUUUAAAUCAAGAUGGCGACAACAUCACGUGAUCACGAACCUCAGGAGACAGAGUGCCCGGUGUGCAAUAACAGCUACGGCCUAUCCACAAUUUUACCCUGUGGGCAUGUGUUUUGUAGCACUUGCGUUAUCUCUUUAAUAAAUGCCAGGAAACAGCCUGAAUGUCCCAUGUGCCGAGCCACCUUUGCUGACCCAGCCAAACAGGGAGAAAACAUUGUUGAUGCUCUGCCCACAGAUGAGGCCCUGAACUCACUGGCUACAGUCGUGAACAUACUGACUCAGGAGAACGAAUGUCAUGCUUGUGAUGGUGUCAAGGCUGAGUCCAUCUGCUCACAAUGUCUCGUAAAGCUUUGUGCAGCAUGUACUCGAGCUCACAAGAAACUUCCGGUGACCCGUAACCACGAGGUGGAGAGUCUGAGCGCUGUAACUGCUGAACGUCUGGCUGCCAGCGGUCCAGGACUGUGUCCUCAACACGACCAACAAAUAUCGUACUUCUGCUCCGAUGAUAAUCUUGCUGUUUGUGCCUCCUGUUGCAUUGAGGACCACAAGGCAUGUCGCCGCAUAAUACGUCUCGACAGCGAGAUGAAGUCGUCUAAAAAGAAGAUUUUAAACCUCGAAGACAAACUUACCAAAGCGGAGGCGAAGAUAGAAGAAACCAUCAAUCAUCUGGACAUGCGGCUGAAAGAAUCUACCCACAGCCAAAGCCUGAUGGACACGGCGCGUGAAAAUUUGAUGAAGUUCUGUAAAAAGGAAGAAGAAAAGUCUAGAAACUUUCAAGAAGUAGUAAGGUCCGUGCAGAAGGUCAGACUUAAGCUGAGGGAGCGCCUGGCGAGGGUCAAAUCCCACAAGCGGAUCGUGUCACGUGCUCGGGCAGUGUGUCCGCGGCCAGGACUGGUCUAUGCCAAGAGAGCUUUACAAGACAGGGUCAACACUCUCGAUCUCAGCGACACUUUGCCAGAAGAUGUAAAUGUGAAAGCCUUAUUUAGACAUGCUGACUACAGUGAAUUUGUCAGACAAGUAACAAACCAAUUACCGAGACAACUGGAUCAGCAGAGCAAAGAGCAUGAGAAACCAGGAUUUACUUUCCAUACGAAUCACGGCAGCAGCGUAGUUCUCACCUAUAAUGGGAAGUGGGUGGAGUCUGUGGGUCCAGGCGGCAUUGUUGUGUCCAGUGACCCUCUCGAGACCAAUGUCAUGUAUCAGGCGCAGACGAUGUAAAAGAAGAUUUCUUGGUUUCUCUGCCCCUGCUAUUUCAUGGAGAGUGAUGUCCCUUCGCCUUACCGGCUUGAGGGGACUAGUUCUCCGGAUAUCUUUGGACCUUGUCUUUGUUUGUUAUUCUAAGUUAAUUUUUAUUUUGGAGCCCGUUGUUUGACCUGUCCUGAUCCUAGUAAUAUACUGGACUAUGUUUCUCGAUUAUGACAUUUUGAUGUACUUCUACGGCUUCUGCUGAUUUAUUGACUAACAGUCAUUUGUUUUAAUUUAAUAGACUUGUUGGAUCACGAACUACUAUAUUCGUUCAGUUGUUAAUCAGAUACUACUGCUACCACUACUACUACUACUACUACUACUACUACUACUACUAAUAAUAA